GGGAAAGAAAAUAGAGGGAAAAAAGAAACAAAAGAAUCGGAGGAGGUUAGUUGGAGAAGAUUGGUUUAGGUGUAACGAACGCUUCAACGGCAAAAUAAGCCGGCCAAGCACACAAAACUACCUCUCUCAAUUUCCCCCUUAAUUUUCUCUCUUUUCAGUUACCAUCUCCUUCUUUCUUUCCUUUUCUUCUUCUUUUUUCUUUGGUUAGGGUUUCGCUCUCACUUUAUUCUCUUCGCUUCUCGAUGAACAGAUGGCGUAUUGAACAACACCAAGCAAAAUCCAAGCUCAACCAGUGUCCGCAUUGGCGUUCUGAUUGUUUCUUCUUUUGAUCAAUUUUACUGUCCUCAGGUGAAAGAUCUGAGGGUUUCUUUUUUCUUUUCAUUUUCCUUUUUAGGUUAAAUCAAAUAUUGAUCAAGAAUCUUUAGUUAGAAAAGUUUUUGGAAAAAAAAUAAAUAAAAAGAGAAAUGAGCGCGUCGAGGUUUAUCAAGUGCGUGACGGUGGGUGAUGGUGCCGUUGGUAAAACCUGUCUCUUGAUUUCUUACACCAGCAAUACAUUUCCCACGGAUUAUGUGCCAACUGUUUUUGACAAUUUCAGUGCAAAUGUGGUUGUCAAUGGGGCCACUGUCAACCUGGGAUUAUGGGAUACUGCUGGGCAAGAGGAUUACAAUAGAUUAAGACCUUUAAGUUACCGUGGAGCUGAUGUUUUCAUACUGGCGUUUUCCCUCAUAAGCAAGGCCAGUUACGAAAAUGUUUCUAAGAAGUGGAUUCCAGAGUUGAAGCAUUAUGCACCUGGUGUCCCAAUUGUUCUUGUGGGAACAAAGCUUGAUCUCCGGGAUGACAAGCAAUUCUUUAUAGAUCACCCUGGUGCUGUGCCUAUCACUACAGCUCAGGGAGAGGAACUGAGGAAGCUGAUCGGCGCACCUGCUUACAUAGAAUGCAGUUCUAAAACGCAGCAGAAUGUGAAGGCGGUGUUCGAUGCAGCCAUCAGAGUAGUCCUUCAACCACCAAAGCAGAAGAAAAAGAAGAGCAAAGCGCAAAAGGCGUGCUCCAUAUUGUGAUUUGAAAUGGGUACAAGGAGUUAACAGCCUCUGCUCUACCUCUAUUCUCCGUUUUAUCUUUCCGUUGCUCUUAGAGAAGCUCAAUUAUUGCCCUAACAGAGUAAUUAGGAUCCCUGUGAAGCAUCAGGUGGUUUGGUAUUGGUUUCUUGGAUUAUUGUGGAUGUCUAAUUGUUGGAUUCUGUUUAUGUAAUUGCCCACCGUCUCUUACGUCCUCCCCGGUUUUGGUAUGUUUUAUGUAUUAAUAGACUGGUAAUAUCACAGUUAGGGAAAAAAACGACCUUUGCCUCGCAUGGAUUCUAUCUUUUCUUUUCAUCACUUCAAGAGCUUGGCUAUGUUAUGCUGUCAAUUUCAAGCUCAGUUUAUUAGCAACUUGCUAGUUUCUGAUGCAAAUUUAUGUAGGUUUCUUUUAUCAAAUAUAUGUUAUUUCUCCA